AUGCCAGAAGAUAUUAACAGUGAGAAUUACGAGCCCGACACAAAUGUGCAGGCGGAUGAAGUUUACGUGAAGGAGAAGUUUGAAGAUACCUCGCCUCAAGCCCAGCAAAAGGUGGAGCACGAGCUAACUAGGUGGCAGGCCAUUAAGGAAUAUCCAAAGUCUUUCGGAUGGUGUAUGGGAAUUGUUUGGGCAAUGAUUUUGGUUGGUUACGAGAACCAAGCUUCGGGUAUUGUGUUAUCAAUUCCACAGUUUAGACAGGACUUUGGCUACUAUUAUGAUGGUUCGUACGUGCUUCCUUCCAACUGGCAGUCGGCCAUUACUGGUGGUCCUUUAGGAGCCAUCGCCCUUUCCUCGUUUUGCUCCUCAUACUUGUCUGAUCGGUUUGGAAGAAAAUGGGUGCUCAGUUUUGCCAUUUUGUUCACAAUUCCUUUCGUCACGAUGGAAUUUGUGGCUACCACCAUCCAAAUCUUCUUUGUCGGAAAGUUUCUUAACGCUCUUUGUCUCGGUGUCAUUUCUACAAUUGGUAUUACAAUGGCUUCCGAAUACAGUCCCAUGGCUUUGAGAGGUUUCAUUGUUGCUUGCUGUUCGCUUUCUCUUUGUGUUGGUCCAUUCAUCUGCUAUUUGAUUAACAACACCACCAGUGCCUACACAACCAGGAUGGCAUAUAGAGGUGUUUUUCUUCCUCAGUGGAUAUUCUCAAUAACUUGCCUACCCUUAUUCUUUAUGCCGGAGUCUCCUUUCUGGCUUCUCAAGGUCAACAGGCAUGAUGCUGCCAGGAAGAGCUUGCUCAGACUAUUCAAUCCUGUCCAGGCUGAGCAACAGUUUGGCUUGAUGUUAACGACCGUUGAAGAAUCCAUCAAAAUAUCCGAUUCUAGUACUUACGCAGACUGUUUUAGGAAGAAGGAUAUCAGAAGAACCCUGAUUGUGCUUUUUUAG